AUGGACAGCAAUAUGCUUGACAUUUUAAGCACUGUUGCUAACGAGCGUUCAGCUGUAGCCAAUAAUUUGGAUGUCAAUGUCGUCAUGAAAUACGUAUAUAUUUACGUUCAAAUGUCUGAACGAAUAAUUCGUGAAUCACUGAAUACGGUGAAGAAGAUUAUGCUCAAUGAUAUUUCUGGAAUACUAACUGGAACGGAUGUACUAUCUUGUCAGAAGCAAUUUACCAAGUUCUUUGAUUAUGUAGUAUACGGAGGUAAAUAUUUACGAUCUACACUUCUAACUUCAAUUUUCCGUCACCUGGAGCCUAGUGCCAACAGUGCAGAAAAUAAACGUACAGCUGAGGUGGCAGCAUGUCUUGAAGUAUUACAAGCAUUCUAUUUAACUCUCGAUGAUAUUGUGGAUGGUGGCAUACAGAGACGUGGGAAGCCGUGUUGGCAUACUUUGACUGGAGUCGGAGUGAAUGCUAUUAAUGAUUCGUUGCUGUUAGAGUCAUCUAUACAUAAAGCUUUGUUUACAAUCCUUAGAGGGCAUCCUCUGGCAAGUUCAGUGUGUGAUUACUUUUGUGAGAUCAAAAGGGUGACUACUAUAGGGCAGAUUUUGGACGGUGCAACUUCUGGAAUUAAGGACUGUACUUGGGAAAGGUAUCGAAAUAUAGUUUAUUGUAAAACAAGUUUUUACACAACAUGUGCGCCUGUUUACCUCGCAUUGUUGCUCGCUGACCAGAGAAAAUACUGGACAGAGCUAGAACCAUUAUGUGUCAACCUAGGGUAUCUUUUUCAAGCACAGGACGAUUUUCUGGAUUGUUACGGUCACGUUGAAGAUACUGGCAAAACCGGAACAGAUCUGAAGGAAGGCAAAUGUACUUGGAUAACUUGUAAAGCGGUUGAAAAAUUAGAAUCUCCAGAAUUUAGUAGCUACUCUACAGUAUUUGAAGUAAAUUUUUUAUUUACUUUUUAG